AUGAGAGGGUGGCAUGCGAUUCUGCAGAUCCUUCUUGUUGCAGUCGUCGCGCUGAGCGUCGUGGCCACUGAGGACGCGGUGCAGAGUGACGUGGUCGUGGAGAAGGGAAAACCUAUCUCCUUCCAGGCCGAGGUGAGCAAGAUGCUGGAUAUUCUUAUCAACUCCCUGUACACGAACCGUGCCGUCUUCCUGCGUGAGCUCAUCUCCAACGGCAGCGACGCUCUCGACAAGAUUCGGAUGCUCUACCUCACUGCGCCGAAGGAACCGAAGAACAAAGAUGGUGAGGUGCCCGCCUUGGAGAUGCGGGUGACCGUUGACACCGAGCGUAAGACACUCACCCUGCGGGAUGGCGGCAUUGGCAUGACGAGGGCGGAGCUGGAAGAACACCUCGGCUCCCUCGGCACCUCCGGCACAAAACGGUUCAUGGAUCGGCUCAAGGAGACGAAGGACGCGAGCCUCAUUGGACAGUUUGGGGUGGGCUUCUACUCUGCCUUUCUCGUGGCCGAACGCGUGCGGGUGGCCUCGAAGAGCGAUGACAGUGACACGCAGUGGGUCUGGGAGUCCACUGGCGACGGACAGUAUUACGUCUACGAAGAUGAGCGCGGCAACACGCUCGGUCGUGGGACGGAGAUUACGCUUGAGAUGAAGCCUGACGCACUAGAGUUUCUCAGCGCCGACAAUGUGCGGCAUAUUGUGCACCAGUACAGCGAGUUUGUGCACUUUCCCAUCUACAUGCAGAAGGAGGAUAAGUGGGAGGUGGUAAACGAGAACAAACCCAUCUGGACCCGCAAGCCGUCCGAGGUGACACCGGACGAGUACCACAAAUUCUACAAGACCCUCACACGCGACUAUCGUGACCCGAUGUACUACUCCCACUUCAUGGUGGAGGGGGAGGUGGAGUUCAGCUCCGUGCUCUUUAUUCCGCAGGAGGCCUCGCAGGACAUCUUCGUCAACAACGAGAAUACGCGCGACAACAUCAAGUUGUACGUGCGACGCAUUUUUAUUACAGACGAGUUCCGGGAGCUCCUCCCGCGGUACCUGAGCUUUGUGAGGGGCGUUGUCGACAGCAACGAUCUGCCUCUCAACGUCUCCCGGGAGGUGCUGCAGGAGAGCCGAAUUCUUCGCGUCAUCAAGAAGAAGCUUGUGCGCAAGGCUCUCUCCAUGAUUGCCGAGAUUGGGGAAAACGACGCCCGACUCAAGGAACGCCUGGAGAAGGAAAAGACAGCCGCAGUGGAGGAGCAGGCAGACAAGAACGCUACGGAAACGAAGGAUGACGAUGACAAAUCCAAGAAGGAGCCGAUGUAUCCAAAGUUCUGGGCUCAGUUUGGCAAACACAUCCGGCUUGGCAUUAUUGACGAUGCGAACAACCGGGGCCGCCUUGCGAAGCUCCUGCGGUAUACAUCCAGUACGAGCAACGGGACCCUCGUCAGCCUGCAGGAGUACACAGACCGCAUGAAACCGGGACAGAAGAACAUUUACUUCCUCACCGGCGACUCGGUGAGCAAGAUGAAGCAGUCGCCGCACAUUGAGGAGGCCCUGCAGCGGGGUGUGGAGGUCCUUUUUAUGACGGACGCCAUUGACGAGUAUGUCGCUUCGCAGAUACACGACUUUGCGAGCAAGCGCCUUAUCAAUCUCGCCAAAGAGUCCGCACAGUUUGAGGAGCUGACGGAGCGGGAGAAGGCCAUUGAAAAGAAGCGUAUUGAGAGAUAUGAACCCCUCACGUCGCGCCUUGCAACCCUGUUCAAGAAGAGUGGUGUGCGGAAGGUCAUUUUGACGAAGCGGCAGAGCUCAGAGGCCUUCAUUUUGUCCACGCAAGAAAGCGACCUGACACCACGCAUGGUGAGUGUCAUGAAUCAGCAGGCAAUCUCCUCCAGCCAGAUGAUGCGCUACUCUCGCGUGCUGGAGAUUAAUCACCGCCAUCCGCUCGUGCGCGACCUGCUGACACGGUUUGAAUCAGACCCAAAGGAUCAAACCGCCAUCGACGUGGCGUGGGUUCUCUUUGGCACCGCCAAUCUGCAGGGGGACUUUCCCGUCUCAAACCAGGCCAUGUACGCCAAACGCGUAAACCGGCUGCUGCGGGGACGCGUGGGACUCGCCGCGGACGACACGAUGCUGCCCCCAGACGACAACGAAUACGACGUCUCAGACAUAAAGCCUUCCACUUCCGGCACUGACGAAGGGUUGCUGCUUCCUGUGGACAAGGACGGGGAGGAGACGAGCUCGGAGGCAGCAGCCGCAGAGCAACCAGCAGCAGCCGAGUCGAAGCCUGCAACAAAGGAUGAUGACGUGGGUGACCUGUAG